GACCGGGACGUCAGUUACGGGAAUUUAAAAAUGACAGCUAUUGUGGAGAGAUUGCGUUGAGCGGGUUCUGUCUGUUAAGAUUUGUAAAAUGGACUACAAACGCGAAGAAUAUGAGAUCCAACAUUUCAAUUUCUCUGUGUACCAGCUGAAUUUGGAGCAUAACUGUAUGGUGCGCCGCCAGAUCGACUCACUCGUCGAUACCCUCGCCGACUCACUUAUAAAGAAGUCAAACAUUUCUAUUCCUGCAGCGGAUAAUAUUCGCAGCAAACGUGGGGACAUUACUAACAAGAUCAUGGCUUCCAUCCAAACUGAUUUAGAGAAUUUUAGUUCAGUAUUAAACAAACACUUUACAAUUCCCGAAAAUCUGCUUUUGGCCGAAGACCUGCGACACGAAAAUCCUUACACCCAGACGGACGUGGAGUACUACGAAGAACUGGUCGCUGGUAUGGAGAAGACGUUCGAACAAAAUAAAUUCCUUAUCUCAGCACUGGAAGCAGAAACGGAGGCAUACGGGAAAAUGGACAAAGUGGUUGAACUGGAUAACGAGGUGAUCCGCCUGGUUGAAGAGAGCUUUAGGACAAAUCUUAGUUUUCAGGAUUUGAAGUCACUUAUGGAAAGACUCGAUGGAGUUCUUGUAAUGAAAGAAGAAAAAGAAAUUAAGGAUGAUAAAUGAAUUCUUGUUCGGGUAA